AUGGUUGCUGGAAGGAAAUAUGAUGCCCUUGCGGCGACAUUGCCCUUGUUGGCUGGUGUCAUUCUGCAAACGAAUGUUGGUGAUCAGGAGCGUGAUACUGAUGAGUUUUGUGCUUUGGGGAAGUUCCAGAGGAACAAUUUGCUAACUUUUGAAGAAGCUCAUGAACUUGACAAAGCUCAAGAGUGGUUGAAGGCGAUUGAGAACAUAUUUCGAGUUAUGAACUGUUCAGAUGCGCAGAAGAUGCAGUUUGGCACUCAUAUGCGUGAGAAAGAAGCACUUUUCCGUGAUGCUUUUCUGGAGAAGUAUUUUCCAAAAGAUGUUCGUGGAAAGAAGGAAAUUGAAUUCCUUGAGUUGAAACAAGGUAAUGGUACCGUAGCUGAGUAUGCUGCAAAGUUUGAGAAGUUUAUCAAAAUUUGUCCCCAUUACAAUACUGUUAAUGCUGAGAGAUCCAAGUGUCUUAAGUUUAUGAAUGGCUUGAGACCUGAUAUCAAGAAGGCAAUGAGUUACCAACAGAUUACGAGAUUUUAUGAGUUGGUUAACAAGAGUAGGAUAUAUGAUGAGGAUAGCCGUGAGAGUGCUGCUCAUUACAAGUCCUUGGAUGAUAAAAAAGGAAAAGGGAAAUUCCAAGGGAAGUCGUAUGAUGGUAAGAAGAAAGAUGGUCAUGGCAAGAAGCAAAGUGGGGGAGGAUCUCACACUCUUGUCAAGUGCUUCAGAUAUGGUGUUAAGGUACAUCGUGCUCCCGAGUGUCCUAAUGGCGAUGUGAUUUGUUUCAAGUGUGGAAAGCAAGGUCACAAAUCUUUUAAUUGCAGAGUUGGUUCGAAUGUGACUUGCUACAACCGCGGUGAGCAAGGGCACAUUAGUACCAAGUGCAACAGGCCGAAGAAGGAGCAAGCCAAUGGGAAAGUGUUUGCAUUGUCUGGUGCUAAUACUUUUGAUGAGGAGAGAUUGAUUCGAGGUACGUGCUUUAUUAAUAAUAUGCCUUUGAUUGCUAUUAUUGAUACCGGUGUGACGCAUUCUUUUAUUUCUUUGGAUUAUGCUAAGAUAUUGAAUCUUGAAUUGUUUGUUAUGCGUGGAAGCAUGGUUAUUGAUACUCCGACUAUGGGUUCAGUGACUACUUCAUUUGUUUGUUUGAAAUGUUCGUUGAAUAUUUGUGAUAAAGAUUUUGAAGUUGAUUUAGUGUGUCUUCCAUUGAGUCAACUUGAUGUUAUUUUGGGAGUGGACUGGUUGAGGGCCAACCAUGUCUAUAUCAAUUAUUUUGCAAAAGUUGUUCUUUUUCUAGAGCCAGAGAAGGAAGUGUUUAUGUUGGUGGCAAGUUUGAAGCUUAGUGAAAAUGGAACAAUGGGUGAAUUUCCAGUUGUUCGUGAUUUUCCUGAAGUGUUUCCUGAUGAGGUUAACGAUUUGCCGCCUGAACGUGAAGUUGAGUUCACGAUUAAUUUGAUUCCCAGUACUAGUCCGAGUGAAGAGGAUCAUGCUGAGCAUUUGAGGAUUGUUUUAUCUGUAUUGAGAGAGAAGCAGUUGUUUGCUAAACUUUUGAAGUGCGAGUUUUGGUUGAAGGAAGUGAGUUUCCUUGGCCAUGUGAUCUCUAGUGGUGGUAUUUUGGUUGAUCCUUCUAAGAUUGAGGUUAUAUCUCAAUGGGAAGCGCCGAAGUCUGUGUCUGAGAUUCAUAGUUUUCUUGGUUUGGCAAGUUAUUAUCGAAAGUUUAUUGAAGGCUUCUCUAAGUUAUCUUUGUCGUUAACGCAGUUGACUAGGAAAGGUUAA